AUGAGUGUAAACGGAGAAGAAGUGAAGUUUAAUGUCAUGAAAGCAAUAAGGUUUGAUGAAGAUAACACUGAGGAAUGCUCUAGCAUUUCGAUCCUUGACUCGGUCAUACGAGAAGAACAGCAGGAGCAUUUGCAGCCAGAGAUAGGCAUUAAGGACUUUGAGGAGCUGGAAGAAUACCUUGCAUCCAUCAGUUUCCACCAACCCCAGGGAAGGAAAGAAAGGGUCUUUGAAUCCUUAAAUCGAUCAGAGCAAGAGCAAAGACCAAAAUUGCCUUCAGUAGAGCAACCACCUACCUUGGAGUUAAAACCCUUACCUGAACACCUGAAAUAUACUUAUUUGGGACACAAAAUCUCAAGCAAGGGCCUCGAGGUGGACAAGGCUAAGGUGGAAGCAAUUGAGAAGCUACCUCCCCCUACCACCGUAAAAGGGAUCAGAAGCUUCUUGGGACAUGCUGGGUUCUACAGACGUUUCAUUAAAGACUUCUCCAAAAUCGCCAAACCACUUUGUGAACUUCUGGAGCAAGACAGGAAGUUCAAUUUUGAUGAAAAAUGUUUGACAGCCUUCCUGGAGCUCAAGUCGAGGCUGGUGUCCGCACCCAUCAUUCAAAGCCCAGAUUGGAGUCUUCCUUUUGAACUAAUGUGUGACGCCAGCGACUUCGGCUUGGGAGUAGUUCUUGGGCAGCGAAAAGACAAAGUCUUCAGAACUGUUUACUACGCUAGUAGAACUCUUACUCCGGCACAAGCCAACUACACAGUGACGGAGAAGGAGAUGCUGGCAGUUGUAUUUGCAUGUGACAAGUUUCGUUCAUAUCUAAUAUGUUCCAAAUUCACAGUCUUCACUGAUCAUUCAGCAAUCAAGCAACUCUUUGCUAAGAAGGAUGCAAAGCCAAGACUAAUUAGAUGGGUACUAUUGCUCCAAGAAUUUGACCUUGAGAUCAAGGACCGGAGAGGAAGUGAUAACAAGGUGGCUGACCACCUAUCUCGAUUAAAGAGAGCAAGCCCACAAGAAGGAGAUCAUAUCAAGGAGACAUUCCCUGAUGAGCAGCUUCUAAUGAUCGCUGAAAAACAAGCUCCUUGGUUUGCAGAUAUUGCAAACUACCUGGCUGCCGGAAUCGAGCCAUACCACUUGAAUCACCAAGGGAGAAAGAGGUUCCAUCAUGAAGCUAAGCAGUAUUUCUGGGACGACCCUUUGCUCUACAAAAGGUGUUCUGACCAAUUACUUCGAAGGUGUAUCCCUGAAGGAGAAAAAUGUGACAGGUGCCAGAGAACAGGGAACAUUACAAGAAAGCAUGAAAUGCCCCUUGUUCCAAUAAUGGAGGUUGAAUUGUUCGAUGUAUGGGGCAUUGAUUUCAUGGGGCCUUUCCCACCUUCCUUUGGAAACAAGUAUAUACUUGUUGCAGUUGACUAUGUGUCGAAAUGGGUAGAAGCUGUUGCUACCCCCACUAAUGAUGCCAGGAAAGUGCUGAAGUUCAUCAAAAAGAAUAUUUUCACUCGAUUUGGAACCCCUAGAGCAAUUAUCAGCGACGGGGGUACACACUUCGUGAACAAACAAUUCCAAUUGCUCCUGAAGAAAUAUGGAGUGCAGCAUAAAAUUGCCACCCCUUACCACCCACAGACCAGCGGGCAGGUAGAGGUGUCCAACAGGGAGAUAAAAAAAAUCCUGGAAAAGGUCGUAAACCCAGAUAGAAAAGAUUGGUCCAACAAAUUGGAUGAUUCCCUAUGGGCGUAUCGAACAGCUUAUCGAACGCCCAUUGGCUGCUCCCCCUAUAAGUUGGUGUUUGGAAAAGCGUGUCACUUGCCUCUGGAACUUCAACACAAAGCAUUCUGGGCCAUCACAUUGCUAAACAUGGAUUCCAGAAUGGCUGGGGAAAAGAGGUUGCUCCAGUUGGUUGAACUGGAAGAAUUCCGGAGCAAGGCAUAUGAAAACGCCAACCUCUACAAGGAGCAGAUGAAAAAGUGGCACGAUAAAAAGCUUAUCUUGAAAUCAAGAUGGGAGGGACCUUAUGCAAUCAUUGAAGCACUUCCCAAUGGAGCAUUUGCCAUUGCUCAUGAAACAUCUGGAGCAACGCUCAGGGUAAAUGGACACAGACUCAAGAAGUAUAAUAGAGGGAUCAAGGAGCAUGAGAAACUAACUUCUCAUCUCGAUGACCCAGCUGAAAGGACCCGAACAGGGAAAAAGCUCAAACCUGAGCAAACCACAGUCGACCGUACAGUCAUACCAGAACGGGGCAUAGUCCUCAGUAGCUCCAAACACGGAGAUCUCGACCGAUGGCUGACCGAGGAUAUAGCAGAACUGGAUUGGGAACUCUUCAUUGAGCCUCCCUCAAGAGCUCGCACUGAGUUCGUGACUGCAUUCUUGGAGGGAAUGAAGAAAGAAGAUCUUCCAAAACUCCUCAUCAGAGGCGUGAAAGUAGACUUCUCCCCUGAAGAAAUCAACGAAGCAUACAACACUGCUUCAGUUCCUGCCGAACAAGAUGAGUUCGAUAGAUACUGUGCUGGCCGAGGGGAUGAGGCCGUAACUGGAGAAGUGCUCCAAGAAAUAGGCUCAGAGGGAGCAACCUGGGGAACUAAGGAAUCCAUCCCUAGGAAGCAACUCAAAUUCGAAGCAAAGAGAGCUCCUGCAAGGGGUGGACGAAGGCAGUUCCUAGUCGAGACAACUGACAUGACUCAAUGUCAAACUAUGUUUGGUCUCGGAGCAGACCUUCUAGCCACUCAAGUGCAAGCCUUAGAAGACACAGUUGGAAGGGAGCUGCAAUCUCUGAAAGAAGCCAGCUUGCUCAUCAACAAAGAAAAGGUGGCCCUGCAGAAUGAACUUGACCAGAUAAAAAAUGCUGGACCACUGCCGCAGAAAAAAAGGAUUGAGGAAGGAGAGGGAUCCUCAACCUUGCAAAACACGGUAAAAGACCUGGUGAAAGCAGUAGAGAUGAUGAACAAGAAAAUGGAAGAAAUGGAGCAAGCCCACGAGAAAAGCAGGAAAGACUGGAAGGAGGAGAUCGGGCUCUUGAAAGAUGAAUUGAUGAAAAGCAAAGAGGAGGAAAUUCAACUCCGAUUGUACUACCGAGCUCGGGAUCAAAUCUUCGCCAAUCAAGAAGUUCCAAUAAUUUUGGGCAGACCAUUUCUGGCUACCGGUGAUGCUAUCAUAAAUGUCAGAAAGGGUGAACUUUCUAUGAGUGUAAACGGAGAAGAAGUGAAGUUUAAUGUCAUGAAAGCAAUAAGGUUUGAUGAAGAUAACACUGAGGAAUGCUCUAGCAUUUCGAUCCUUGACUCGGUCAUACGAGAAGAACAACAGGAGCAUUUGCAGCCAGAGAUAGGCAUUAAGGACUUUGAGGAGCUGGAAGAAUACCUUAAAGAAGUCAUCAAAUGGCUUGAUGCAGGUAUAAUCUAUCCCAUCUCAGAUAGUAAAUGGGUUGCUCCUGUGCAAUGCGUUCCAAAAGAGGGUGGCAUUACUGUAGUUGAAAAUGACAAACAGGAGUUAAUAGCCACCAAAAAAAUAACUGGGUGGAGGAUUUGUCAAGACUACAGGAAAUUAAAUAAUGCUACCCGAAAGGAUCAUUUCCCCCUUCCUUUUAUUGACCAAAUGCUGGAUCAUCUAGCUGGGAAAGAAUUCUUUUGUUUCUUAGAUGGGUAUUCGGGAUACAACCAAAUCCCGGUUGCUCCUGAAGACAACCAGCACAAAACCACUUUUACGUGCCCCUUUGGGACGUUUGCAUUAAGAAGAAUGCCUUUUGGGCUAUGUAAAGCCCCUGCAACUUUUCAGAGAUGCAUGUUUGCUUUGUUUACUGAUUUGGUAGGGGAAGCAGUAGAAAUUUUCAUGGAUUAUUUUUCUGUCAUUGGUUGCUCUUUUCCUACUUGCCUCAAUAACCUUGAACAGGUAUUGAAAAGAUGUGUCAAGAGCAAUUUGGUGCUGAAUUGGGAAAAAUUUCACUUCAUGGUAAGAGAAGGCAUUGUUCUAGGACACAAAAUCUCGAGCAAGGGCCUCGAGGUGGACAAGGCUAAGGUGGAAGCAAUUGAGAAGCUACCUCCCCCUACCACCGUAAAAGGGAUCAGAAGCUUCUUGGGACAUGCUGGGUUCUAUAGACGUUUCAUUAAAGACUUCUCCAAAAUUGCCAAACCACUUUGUGAACUUCUGGAUCAAGACAGAAAGUUCAAUUUUGAUGAAAAAUGUUUGACAGCCUUCCUGGAGCUCAAGUCGAGGCUGGUGUCCGCACCCAUCAUUCAAAGCCCAGAUUGGAGUCUUCCUUUUGAACUAAUGUGUGACGCCAGCGACUUCGGCUUGGGAGUAGUUCUUGGGCAGCGAAAAGACAAAGUUUUCAGAACUGUUUACUACGCUAGUAGAACUCUUACUCCGGCACAAGCCAACUACACAGUGACGGAGAAGGAGAUGCUGGCAGGUCUAUUUGCAUGUGACAAGUUUCGUUCAUAUCUAAUAUGUUCCAAAGUCACAGUCUUCACUGAUCAUUCAGCAAUCAAGCAACUCUUUGCUAAGAAGGAUGCAAAGCCAAGACUAAUUAGAUGGGUACUAUUGCUCUAA